AUGAUGCAGGCAGCAGAAACAGAAACGAAAGAAGAGACAGAUACAGCAGAGACUCGCCAGCAGCAUGGGAUAGCAGGCACCACAGAAGCAGCAGCAGCAACAGCAGCAGCAGCAGCAGCAGCAGCAGCAGCAGCAGCAGCAGCAGCAGCAGACAGUACCCCAGUCAACGCUACCGCAGCCCCUCCCCUAGAGGGGCCCGCUAUGGCCGCUUCGGGCCGCAUGCACCUCACUAUACACAGCAGCAGCAGCAGCAGCAGUUGCUGCAGCAGCAGCAGCAGCAGCGGAAGCAGCAGCAGCAGCAGCAGCAGCAGCAGCAGCCGCGGUUCUCUCCCAGCGCUCGUUCAGGGUCCCCCACAGGCAGCAGAAGCAGCAGCAGCAGCGGCAGCAGCAACAGCAGCAACCAGCUGGCAGCUGCUGCUGCCUCCGCUGCUGCAGCAGCUGCAGCAGCAGCUGCUGCUGCAGGGCUAA